AUGUUCACCAACACUCAUUCCAUCAACGUCAGUGUUGUCCGUGGUGCCACUAACCCUGCUCGCCGCAUUGGCAAGAGCGUCUAUCCGCUCACCGACAAGGAGAACCGUGCCAUUGCUCGCAACAGCAUGAAGGAGGCCUUUGCCCAGAGUUCGGAUGCAAACGGCUUCAUCACCGUCUCCGGCAUCCGCGACGCAAUGGAAAGCACCAUCUGCAUCAACGUCUCGGCUGCGCUCGCUGACAGCUUUGACCUCGCCACCGCCGCUGCCUGUGUCCACGCCGCCUUUGCCACCCGCAACCGGAGCAUCCCGGCAGCGGCAAACACCACUGCAUGCCGCAGCAACAGCAAGCGCCGCCGCAAACGCGAGCGUUUUGAUGCCUUUGGUGUCGUUGAUGCACUGAUUUUCGUCUCGAUGUACUUUGAUCGCAUCCGCCGGGCCGCCUCCAACCGCGUUGGCUACCGCCUUCGCCGCGGCCCGCGCCCCGCCAACAUGGGUGCCAGAUCGGCUCACCAGCACAUUCUUGGUGACUUUAACCCGCUCGACUACCUUUGCUAA